AUCAGGCCUUAGUGUAGCAUCAAGAAUCUUGUAAUCAGUAUCUCUCUCUGUGUGUCCCCAAGUGUGGCGGCUGCUGCUGUUGUGUGACCUUUCUUUCAUCUCAAUUAUAUAAUUUUGCAUUCUCUUCUCUUUUUUCUCCGGUCAACAAUAAAAACUAACCCUUUCAAUCUCUCAAAGAGCCAAAGAAGAGAACAACAACAAUGUCUCUUCUUCUUCUUCCUACGAAUUUACAACAAUGCCCUUCUUCUUCAUCCACCUUCCCUUCUCUGUCUCCGUCUCCGUCUCCUUCCACCGUCUUCUCUGUCGUCGUACCUCGUCGGAGAUGUCUCAGAUUGGUUACUUCUUGUGUCUCAACCGUUCCAAGCCCUGUUUCGAAUGGUUCUGCUCCAGCUUUUGUUGUUGUUGAGCGAGAUCAGAUUCGUCUUGGUCUUCCUAGUAAAGGACGUAUGGCUGCUGAUGCAAUCGAUCUUCUCAAGGAUUGUCAACUGUUUGUUAAACAAGUCAAUCCUAGGCAAUAUGUUGCUCAAAUUCCUCAGUUACCAAACACCGAAGUCUGGUUUCAACGGCCAAAAGACAUUGUCAGGAAGUUACUCUCUGGAGAUUUGGAUUUAGGUAUCGUUGGUCUUGACACGCUUAGUGAAUAUGGUCAGGAAAAUGAAGAUCUAAUCAUUGUCCAUGAAGCUCUCAACUUUGGAGACUGCCAUCUGUCCAUUGCGAUACCAAACUAUGGGAUUUUUGAGAACAUAAAUUCUCUAAAGGAGCUAGCACAAAUGCCCCAAUGGAGUGAGGAGAGACCCUUACGCCUUGCUACUGGCUUCACUUAUCUCGGCCCCAAAUUUAUGAAAGAAAACGGAAUUAAGCAUGUGACAUUUUCAACUGCAGAUGGAGCCCUGGAGGCUGCUCCGGCGAUGGGGAUAGCUGAUGCCAUACUGGACCUUGUGAGUAGUGGGACAACACUCAAAGAGAACAACUUAAAGGAAAUUAAAGGAGGUGUUGUGCUGGAAAGUCAGGCGGCACUUGUGGCAAGUAGAAGAGCAUUGACCGAGAGAAAAGGGGCACUAAACACAGUACACGAGAUUCUUGAGAGAUUGGAGGCGCAUCUAAAGGCGGAUGGCCAAUUCACUGUUGUUGCAAACAUGAGGGGAAAUAGUGCUGAGGAAGUGGCUGAGCGUGUGUUGAACCAACCAUCAUUGUCAGGAUUGCAGGGACCAACAAUAAGCCCAGUUUACUGUACAAAAGAUGGCAAAGUAUCAGUUGACUACUACGCUAUAGUGAUUUGUGUACCCAAAAAGGCUCUAUAUGACUCUGUGAAGCAACUGAGAGCGGUUGGAGGCAGUGGGGUAUUAGUUUCGCCUCUGACAUACAUUUUUGAUGAGGAUACUCCAAGAUGGGGUCAGCUUCUGAGAAACCUCGGGCUUUGAAUAUCUUGAUAAGGAAGAUGCAUAUGCUGAACAAUAUUAAGAAGACUCUGGUGUAAAUCUCUGAGUUAUGGUACCAUUUUCUUUUCUUUUUCUUUUUCUGCGCACCAUGUCGUCCUCCUUGCUGUUGUAAUUUUUACCUCUCGUUUCUGUAUGGAUCGGAUCCUAUUCGUUGUUGUCAAUUCCGUUGGAACAAUAAGAACAAGCCUUUUUUAUAAUAUAUCUUUACAAUAAAGGAACUCAUUUGAUAAUA